UAGCUCCUCCCCCUCACUCACGGAGCCACGUUGCUGCUUCAUACUCCGAUUUGGUUUUAUUUUGUUCUGUUAUUUUGCUUUGUGUUGGUUACUAUCAUUAAGGAGCUGAGUGCUUCCUGAGGCUGGGGGGAGUUCUUUGCUCACCUUUGGCUUUACUUAAUUAAGGGUUGUUAUUAUUAUUGCUGUGUUCAUUGCAGUGAAUUUUGUGGGUAUGAUUCUGAUUAAUGGGGUGCUUUUCCCUUUUUGUAUAGCUGGUGCCGUCGUACUAGCCUGCCCUUCAUACAGGAAGCCUCAGUCCUCAUAUGAUUAUUGUUAACUUUCUCUUGUGACUGUUGUAUUUGACCAAUGCCUGACUGCGUUGGCUGCUUCUUUUAAAAUAGCUCUUGGCCAGUCUUUUUAACUUCAAAAUAAAAUGUAUUUUUAUAUGGAAACCCAUGCCUUUUGCCUGUUCUAAGUGGAACGUACUUGCGUGUCCUUAUCUGGGUUAUUUGCCCCGUUUUUUCAGGGUGGCGUAGUUGGUAUAUUUACAAAACGAAAUAAACGAGCUGCAUAGCUACACGUGGUGUAGUUGGAAGGAUCACUAUAGUCUAUAAACGAAACGAGCCACAUUGCUACAUGUGGCGUAGAUUUUUAUUGUCCCCAUUUUCUCGGGGUGGCAUAGUUGGUACAAAACGAAACAAACGAGCCACAUUGCUACAGGUAGAAGCUGAAACACUAACAUCCUCUCAUGCUGAGCAGGAAAACAAGGUGUGUAAAUGUAAAUGAGUUCCAGUUUACGUGAACAUGAUAUGAGCAGAGCAUAAUGACAGCUAAUGUACUCUGCAUGGCACUGUAGCAACUAAACCCAUACAAUGAUAGCUUGUGCCUCCCCUUGGCUAAUGACACCAAAUGCACCUAGUCUCGUGUUAGAUAGCCAAGUUUAAUAUUUUAUCGGUCUAUUAGUCCUGCAAACAGUGAUAACACCCAAGACCAGUUUUAUGUUAAUUUAAAAAUUCUGAUCAUGUCAUACAAUUAUUAAGCAUUAGCAAUUAGCCAUGACAUGCUAGAACAAAAUGCAUGGAAACAAUCUAUUUAGAAGUAUGUUUUUGAAAGUUUUUUUGAUGGAGAAGUAUCUGGGCUCAGCCCCGGAUGAUUAACAGUGCAGCUAAUGCCCUUUUCUAGAGUUUAUACAGAAUGGUGCGAAAAACAAAGAACAUCCUGUUUGCGGAGGGUCUGCAGGCUGAAACACCUUGUUGAUGAGAGUGAUCAGAGGAGAAUCAGGUUCCACUCUUGUCAGCCAUGAACAGGAAUCUCAGGCUAUCAUGGGCACAGAUUCACCAAAACUCAAUAGCUGAAGACUGGAAAAAGAGACUGUUGUUUGUGGAAAAUCCCAGGAGAUCAGCAGUUUCUGAAAUACUCAAACCAGCCCAUCUGACACCAACAACCAUGCCAUGGUUAAAGUCACAGAGAUCACACUUUUCCACAUUCUGAGAAAGCUUCAUGGUGGUUGGUCCAGAAGCACCUCUUAUUGCUGUAGCUGGUGAAGACCUGGUUCUGCCCUGUUUUAUCAAAUCCAACACCAGUGCUGUGGACAUGACAGUGAAGUGGAACAAGCUAUAUGUAAAGGACUCAUUAGUGCAUCUCUAUAGGGAUCAUAAAGACAGUAAUGAAGAUCAGGCUCAUUCCUACAGACAAAGAACAUCACUGUUUAAAGAGGAGCUACAGAAAGGAAACACUUCACUCAAACUCUCCGCUCUCCGAGUCUCUGAUGAAGGAGCUUACAAGUGUCAUGUUGAGCACAAAUCCAACUCCGAUGACAUCAUUGUGAACGUCAUUGUCGAGGCUCAGGGAAGCAACCCGGUGAUCACGAUGGAGAGUUAUGAUCGCUCAGGAGGGAUUAAUCUAGUGUGUGAGUCCAGAGGCUGGAACCCUGAACCUGAGGUUCUGUGGAUGAACAGAGAUGGAGACCCUCUACCUGCUGGAGAUACACAGAUACACAGAGACACUGAGGGCUUCAGUGUGAAACACCGCAUCACUGUUUAUGAUUAUAGCGACUCCAACAAGUUUUACUGCAGACUUCUACAAAAACAUCACAUGAUGGAGACAGAGGUUAUCAUUAAUAGUAAAGUCUUUGAUGCUUGGAAGUGUAUUGUCGGCAUUUCAGUUUCAGCAUGUCUUCUUGCUGUUGGAUUGAUAGUAACUGCAGUUAUUUGUCACAAGAAAGAGAUGCAGAAGCAGUACAGAGAGAGGCAGAUACAGAUGCUUGAAGCCGAGAGGAAGAUACAGAGGCUGGAAGCCGAGAUGGAGAAAGAGAGGCAGUAUGCAGAGCUGCAGAGACAGAGCGUGGAAUGCGAUUUAGUAAAGAAGAAGCAGUAUGAAGUGGAUGUGACUCUGGAUCCUGAUACAGCUCAUGCCAAUCUCAUCCUGUCUGAUGAUGGAAAACAAGUGACACAUGGAUACACAGAGCAGGAUCUCCCUGAUACACCACAGAGGUUUACUAAAUAUGUAAAUGUUCUGGGAAAGCAGAGUUUCUCCUCAGGGAGAUUUUAUUAUGAGGUGCAGGUCAGCGGGAAAACUGAGUGGACAUUAGGAGUUGCGAGAGAGAACAUUUACAGGAAGGGGAUUAUACUGAAACCUCAGAAUGGAUUCUGGACUGUAAAACUGAGGAAUGAGAAUGAGUACUGGGCUCGUGCUGAUCCCGCUGUCCUCCUCACACUGAUAGAGAAGGUGGAGAAGGUGGGAGUGUUUGUGGAUUAUGAGGAGGGUCUGGUCUCCUUUUAUGAUGUGAAGGCCAGCUUUCAUAUCUACUCUUUCACUGCUCAGUCUUUCACUGGGAAACUCUAUCCCUUCUUCAAUCCUGGUUUAAAUGAAGGAGGUAAAAAUUCAGCACCACUGAUCAUCUCUCCUGUAUUUAACACUGAAUGAAUUUUCACCUCAUAGAUUUCAUCAUAUAUUAAAUGGUGAGAAUAACAAAAAAUAUUUUACUUUUUCUGGUAAAUUUUUGAGCUACAUAUUACCUUUUAAAGUGCUGUACAGUUUAUUUGAAUACCUGGGGAUUUGUUUCUUCACAUAAACAAAUAAUUUGAAUCCUUUCAUCUGUUUUUUAGACGUUAUGAUUGUGGAACUUUGUCAUUACAAAUCAAAUAUGAAUAAAGAUCAUUUAGAGUGCACACUGAGUUUUACUGCAGAAUUUAAUAUGAUCAAUAAAAUGUCUGUGUAGAUAAAACCGAA